AUGCCCUCGGUGUAUGCCGGUACUAUCGAGCCGUGGCUAUCACAGAUGGCGCCAGACGUGCUGGAGGCAAUGCCAGACGUAGAGAUAAUACUGCGCGACCUCAGACCUUACGUUACCGGACAUCCGAUAGAUCGAGAUCGGCACCUUAGCCUCGUCAACCACAGCAAUCGACUUCACGCAGCCUGGGUGCCACCCAACGCACAGCCAGGAGACAUUGUCUGCUACUUCGCCGGUGCGCCGUUUCCUCUCGUUUUAAGGCAGCGGAGCGAACUCGAGAGUCAUACACUUCUUGGCGACUCAUUCGUGGAGGGCUUCGACGAAGUUGAUGCCUUGGAUUUGGAUGACACAGUGUGGCAGGACCUUCUGAAGCAGUCAAAAGAUGCAGAUGCUGAGCUGAAGGACUGGAUGGCAUCAUCAGACCGCACGUCACUCAAGGAGAACGCAGGAGAUCUGUCCAAGGUCACGAGCCAGGAUAAUCACCUCAAGGCACGACGACUGAACAUUCUACAAGAGAUGAGAUCACUAUGCCGCACCGCUGACGAAGCUCUAGGAUGGAUCAAGCUGCGAUGA